CCCCCCUGUCUCUCUAUAGCAUGAGGGACUGGGUCUGUUCGCUGGACGGUCUCCUCUCCAUGCUCUCCUCUGCGAAGUUAAAGGCGUUUUGUGUUCCUUCUCAAAUCCGGCGGACGUUUCUUAUUGGUCAGGUGAGGACUUCGCAUCACUCCUGCUGAUGACGCUGCCCAUGUCUUCGCGCAUCCUUUAGCCUCCCGGCGUCUUUAAGUGAUUAUUGUUGCUCAACGAGCCUCUCCAGCAUGAGACUAGCAGUCCGACCGUCGUGAGAGAAACAACCAACUAACAUUUCCCUGCUCUGAAGGAGAGUGGCGCAAAAGAGCUACCUCUCUCUCUCACUCUCCGCUCUUGGCUGUCCAGAGAAAUUACAAUAUUCAUCAUACCUGUGAACGACCGACUCUGUUUUUCUGUAUUUGACUAUUUGCUAAGAAGCUCACUUUUCACAUCUGACGUUACGGAGUGCACCUGUCUGUCACGACCCUUCGAUAUGUUACUUUAGCUGCCCCUCGAGGAUGCCUGACCAUGCCUCAUCCCUAAGCAGACAGACCAAGCGGCGCCGCGUGGACAUCGGGGUGAAGAGGACAGUGGGAAGUGUAGUGUUUGCCCGAGCAAGAGAGACCCUCCUACUCAACGCCAUGAACCAAUCCCACGGCCCUGAGCAGGACGGAGACUGCUCAUUGGUCCCUCACAGCUAUGGUGGGUCCAAUGGGGAUGGAGCGAAGUCGAAUGUUCUCCGGAAGCUUCUGAAGCGGGCGAACUCGUACGAAGACGCCAUGAUGCCUUUCCCUGGCACCACCAUCAUCUCUCAGCUGCUGAAGAGUAACAUUGGGAAGAAUGGAGGCUUCCAGGGUAGUGGAGGUCUCUCCAGCGCUGGGUCAGAUCUCCAAGCGGAGGAUGUCUGCAGUAACUCCUCCAGAGACAGAGACAGCCCCCUCGCCCUCUCUCCCUCCCCCUCCUCCCCCUGCCUCCCCCCAUUCGGCCGCCCCCCUCCUCCUCAUCCCCCACUCACCUCUCUGGACCUAGAGCGCCUCACAGACGAGCACCUGCGUGCCAAACGGGCCAGGGUGGAGAACAUUAUCCGGGGAAUGAGCCAUUCCCCCUGCGUUGCUCCGUCUGCCCUCCAGCCUGGAGAAAGGGACAGGGACAGGGAUGGAGACGGAGAGACAGGGAACGAGAGGGUGAGAAGAGAGAACAGGGAAAGGGAGAGGGAACGGGACUGUCCCCCACUGCAGUCUCCCAGCCCUGGGUCUCUCUCUAGAGGGGGAGGGGAGGGGUACAGGGAGAGCCGGGGGGAGACUAAAGGAGAGGUGUACAGGGAAAACAAGAGAAAACAGCGUCUCCCCCAGCAGCAACAGCAGUCCUUCACUCAGCUGGUGUGUGUCAGACAGGAGCAGAGACAAGAGGAGAGACGACAACUCAAAUUACAGCUAGAGGAUAUGCAGAAACAGCUUCGUCAGCUGCAGGAGAAGUUCUACCAGAUCUAUGACACUGAGACUGAGGAGGAGGAGGAAAGAGGAGGAGGACGGGAGGAGGAGGAGGAGAGAGAGAACGAGAGAGAAGGAGGGGAGGAGGACGGGAACCUGUCAGAGGACAGUGUCCGCUCCGACGGUUUGGAGGACAGACACAGGGACCACCACAGCAACCGUAACCGUGUUGAUCGUAUCCACAGCGACUUGUCAGAGUUGGUUGACGACCCAGGUCUGUUUCUGGACCGAGCCAGAGCCCUGCUCCGAGAACAGGCCCUGAUGGAUGGGGAGGACGAGAGGGAUGAGGGAGAGAGGGAGGGGCGGAGGAGGGUGAAGAGCGAUUGGGGCCAAGGGGAGAGAGGGGAGAGAGGGGUUGGUGGGGGGCCGAUGCGAGCAGAGGGGAGGCAGCUAGCCGAGACUCUGAAACAGGAGCUGAACUCUACCAUGUCGCAGGUGGUCGACGCCGUGGUUAACGGGUUCAACCACAAACCCCCCAACCAUCAUCAUCUUCAACAUCAUCAUCCUCAUCACCGUGGCUCCCAAAACACCCCCUCUGCCACCAACACCACCUCACAGGCCUCCUUCCCUCCCUUUCCCCCCUCCCUCACCACUGACUCUCACAGCCCCAUCUUCCACUCAGCCAACCAGAGGCUGCCAUGCUUCGGUGAUGUCAUCAUCCCUAGCCCGCUGGACUCGUUCGGGGGUCUCAGUGUCCCGACGGCCGGCGACCAGACAGAAGCACUGCCUCUAGUGGUCAGGAAGACCAGCGCCGACCCACGCCACCAGAACCCCUCUCGCCCUCCUCCUCACCCCCACCACCUCUCCCUCCAUCCCUCCCCCCUCUCCGCCUCUCUGGGGUUCUCCCCAACGUCCUUCCAACACCCCUUCUCCCUCCCUCUCAUGGGAUACCCCUUCCAGAGUUUCCCCAAAGACCAGUGCUCCCCCCCUGAGUCCAUGGACCUCUCCAGGGAAACUGUGGGGCUGCGGACCAAGAUCGGUUCCAGCGGGGGCAUCCAUUUUGUCUCCCACCACCACAGGCAGAGCACUCCACCCCAACAUGGAGGAGGGAGCGAGGGGCUGUCGCUCAUCAAGUCAGAGUGUGGAGAGCUCCAGGACAUGGCUGACAUAUCGCUUUAUUCAGGGAGUACCAUCCAGGAGGGCUUGUCUCCCAACCAUCUGAAGAAAGCCAAGCUCAUGUUUUUCUACAGCAGAUACCCCUCGUCCAACAUGCUCAAGAUGUUCUUCUCAGACGUCAAGUUUAACCGGUGCAUCACAUCUCAGCUCAUCAAGUGGUUCAGUAACUUCAGAGAGUUCUAUUACAUCCAGAUGGAGAAGUUUGCCCGGCAGGCCAUCAACGAGGGAGUGACCACCAACGAGGAGCUGUCUGUGGGCAGGGAGUCUGAGCUCUACCGGGCCCUCAACAUGCACUACAACAAGGCCAACGACUUCGAGGUUCCAGAGCGUUUCCUAGAUGUGGCCCAAAUCACAUUGAGGGAGUUUUUCAACGCCAUAGUAGCAGGAAAAGACGUGGACCCAUCUUGGAAGAAGGCCAUCUAUAAAGUGAUCUGUAAACUGGACAGUGAGAUGCCAGAGGUCUUCAAAUCACCCAACUGUUUGCAGGAGCUGCUUCACGAAUAACGUGACUUGACAUCCCACUGGGCACACACUGGUUGAAUCAACGUUGUUUCCACGUCAUUUCAAUUAAAUUAUGUUGAACCAACGUGGAAUAGAUAUUGAAUUGACGUCUGUGUCCGGUGGAAUAACGUGACGUUUCGGGACAAGAGUGAACAUCCGGCUGCACAGAGAGGUUAACUGUGCAAAAAAACAUUAAGGUCCACAUCCAGCUGCACUUAGAGAGGUUAACUGUGUAAAAACAUUAAGGUCCACAUCCAGCUGCACUUAGAGAGGUUAACUGUGUAAAAACAUUAAGGUCCACAUCCAGCUGCACUUAGAGAGGUUAACUGUGUAAAAACAUUAAGGUCCACAUCCAGCUGCACUUAGAGAGGUUAACUGUGUAAAAACAUUAAGGUCCACAUUCAAAAAGUAAAAUAAAGAAAUACAUUCUAAAAAGUUACAAAGUUUUGUUUUAAAAACUGUACAAAUUCACCGUUUUUUGAACAUUUAGCGUCACGUGUUUGUUUAACCAUUUAUUAGAAAAAAAUCACAAUACGUUAGUCUACGUUAGUCUUGGCGUUACGCUCUGCUUUUUCGGGGUAGCUCUCUGCCACAGCAUGCAUCAUGUUAAGGUAAUAAUAACAGCCAGAAAACAAGGUAUGCUAUACCAAUCCCCCAGCAGGAAGGAAAGACAGAACCAAACAGGGUAUGCUAUACCAAUCCCCCAGCAGGAAGGAAAGACAGAACCAAACAAGGUAUGCUAUACCAAUCCCCCAGCAGGAAGGAAAGACAGAACCAAACAGGGUAUGCUAUACCAAUCCCCCAGCAGGAAGGAAAGACAGAACCAAACAAGGUAUGCUAUACCAAUCCCCCAGCAGGAAGGAAAGACAGAACCAAACAGGGAAAGCCGCAUACAGACAGGCGUGUAACACGCGUUACAGCAAUAGCAUGUCACCAAGAACCCCAGGGCAUUGCUUGCGCGCGGCGGCCAUCAGAGAAGCGUGUGCAGACGCUGGGUGGACUAAAUAGAUCGCCAUAUUAAUGUGAUGAUCUCAUUGGUGCAUAUUAAUGUAGAGUGAUGAUCUAAUUGGUGCAAUAUCAACUGAUGCUGUCAGCUGAUGCGACACUCAGGUUUCCUAUCUGAACCCGGCUGCAUGUUACACUUUUUGAGUGGUGACCUUAUGCUUUUUCUGCAUCUUGUGGCCUAACUGGUUUGACGCAGGAAGACUUUCCACAGCUGGGAGAGUUCUACAGAAGACUUACAGACGACAUAUGUUUGGAAGAAUGGAGCACUUUGAAGAGCAUAUGUCAUUGUUUUUGGGGAUGUUUCUACUGCAAGGUCCUUUUGACAAAAGAACAUCUCCUCCACAUCCAUCUCACUGUACUUACAAAUACACUGAGUGUAUAAAACAUUAGGAACACUUCCUAAUAUUGAGUUGCACCCCCCCUUUUGCCCUCAGA